GGAUUUUGAGAAACACCCUAGCGCGUUUAGGUCAGUUAGGUCAGCUGCACUCAAAUCAACAAUUCAUUCCUUUUAAAAUAGUUUAUCUAUAAACUAUUUAACUUCAUAAUCCGCAACAAAAGAGCACUUCAGCAACAUGGGGUAAUGUUGUUCGCAGGAUAAACAGGAAUGGUAACAUGAUUAAUUAGAAGUCGACAUAUUGAGACGCAAGAGUAGAGGCACUCGCAUUCAACGUGCACAGAGGGAAAGGAGAGGAACGUGACUAUUAAACAAGCUACGAAAUUGUAUACAUAGGUCGUUUCGUAAUGUCUGAUUUGGGAAGCGGAGAUGAAGGUAUCUCAGGAUCAAAAUACAAUGUCGCAAACAUGGAGGGUUCCUCCAGCAGGAACGAGUUCGAAUCUUCUGUAAAAGGCGGAAGCGGUGUGGAACAGGAACUGGCCACCAAAAUGCUUCAAAUACAAUCCAAACGAUUUUAUCUGGACGUGAAACAAAACCGAAGGGGUCGUUUUAUAAAAGUUGCAGAGAUUGGCGCUGACGGCAGACGAAGCCAAAUUUAUUUGGCUCUUUCAACUGCCGCAGAAUUUCGUGAUCACUUGUCGUCAUUUAGUGACUACUACGCUUCUCUAGCUGGUCAAAACACAGGCCCCCCAAACACUGACAAUUUACCGGAGGAUGGUAAAUUAAAGUCCGAAAUGAUGAUAAAAGAUUAUAGAAGAUAUUAUUUGGACUUGAAGGAAAAUGCGCGAGGACGAUUUUUACGGGUCUCACAAACCAUCACAAGAGGUGGACCUAGAUCUCAAAUCGCCCUACCAGCUCAAGGAAUGAUCGAGUUUCGUGACGCCCUUACAGAUUUGUUGGAAGAGUUUGGAGCAAACGAUGGAGGCAGGUUUAAAGGAGAUUUGCCUGAAGAGCGGCAUAUGAAGGUGGAUAACAAAAACUUUUACUUCGAUAUCGGGCAAAACAACCGAGGCGUCUACAUGAGGAUAAGCGAAGUAAAAAAUAAUUUUCGAACUUCGAUAACUAUCCCAGAGAAAUGUUGGAUUCGCUUUCGAGAUAUUUUUAAUGAUUACUGCGAGAAAAUGAAAAAAUCGUCCGACUCAAUUACUGCCGAAAUUAAUCUACCGACAUCCUCAAAUAGUCUUAAAUAAAUAAACAUCCCGUGAUUUAUGCAAUCUUACUAGAAGGCAUGGAAAAUAUAUUUAUUAAUGUCGAUUGACCAACAAAAAUGUAAAGCUUGAAAUGUGUGACAUAACUAACUAAACUCAGAAAUAUGCGAAUGAUUAAGCUUGAAUGACACACAAAUAUAUUUAUUUAGUAGCAUUUAGCGAAAUAUGUGUUAGUAUUAUUUAAUUUAUUGUUUUUAAAUAAUACCAUAAAUUAGUUAGAGUUUAAGUAGAAAAAAUUAAAUUUGGUCUGAGAAUGGCUAUUGCAAUAACAUGUAAAAAUCAUACAAUUUUUGUUUGGUUUCCCAAUGAUCGAUUUAAAUUUGUCAAAAGAGCCCAAAUAUGAGUUGCCAAUUUUUAAUUGCUUAUGCCCAACAAAGUACAAGGAAUCUUAAAAUAAUUCACUGAUUUGUCGUAUAUAUAUAUAUAGUAUAUUUUAAAAAUUAUAAAACGAAUUAUUAAAAGGUCUUGAAUAUACCAAUUCCGAUAUGAAAACGUAUAAUGAAUAGCGUGAAAAAUCAACUUCAAAAUGAGAACACGAAACCAGUUAGAAAUAAUUUUCAUUCAGAUCCAUGAAGAAAAUAUGAUAAAGCUUGAGUAUUAACAUUCAACAUUUUACGAUUUAGUUUACAUUUAGAAUUCCAAUGGCUAAAUGGUUGAGCAAUUUCCCUUCGGCUCCUCAAGCGCAUAUUGAGCCACCCGACCUGUGUUUUAUUUUACAAAGACAAUUGGCUUCUGUAUUCUCUGAUCUUAAGUUUUUUACUCUCAGACUAAUCCGUAACCAAGUCCGUCUGUCCGUCCACACAAAAGCCUGGAACUCUGUGACUUCAAAAGCAAUAACAUGCCCAUGCAGAUCGAAGUGGUUUCACAAUUCUAGUCACGCUCAAGUUUACCCAGAGCUCUAAUGGUAGACAAGAGUUACUACAAUAUAAUGAUUCGUGUGGACAUAUGUCUCUGAUGCUGCGGCAUACGUUCAAUCAGGAUAUUGAGUUCCAAAUAUCUCAUAGUUGAGGUCAUCUAUUGCGUCGUUUCUUUUUUCUUAAUCGGCCUCUAUUCUGUUGUGAGAUUUCUACUUGUUGUUGACAAUUCGUGCCACUUAGAGAACCACUUGUCAUGAGAAGUAUUGCUUAAGUGUUUGGGUUCUGCCACAGUUUAAAUCAGGCCUAUGUAAUUUGGAACCAUUCAUAACAAGCUUACAAAAUUGUUAAAGCUUCUAAGAUAAUAUGUUACAUAUUAUAAUACAAGUUAAAGUAACUCCUAAACGCGUUUUUAAAACAAAAGUUUCAAUGUGAUCACGUAGAAUAAAAACAAACUUACUAAGUACGAUGAAAAUGCAUAGCAAAAUAAAAACAUAUGUAAAUCGAAUGCGACACAGGCACAUACCGGAUAAAUUUCCCAGAGGAAUAUCGUGUACAGAUUGCGUGUGCUAAGUAAUAAUUAGAGGUAUUAAUUAUUUAGUAUUUAAAGUUGUCAGAUUUCGAGCUCAAUGAGAAUUCAUUGAACUGUUAUGGGAUGUUUGUGAAUUAGCUCUCGUUAUUAUAUUUAUAAAAACAAGAGCCAGUUUAUUUAAAGAAACAAAAAAUGCAAUUUUCUAAUUUAUUAUAAACUAAUUAUUAUUGAAACUAAAAGCCGAAAACGCCCCACAAAUUCCCUUUUAGAGUCGAUGCUAAUCAGACUAUAAACUCAAAGAUCUUUAUAUUUACCGAGCAAAUGUAAGCGGCAAUAUGUUACAGAGAUCCAAUAAAUUAGUUAAUUAUAAAAAGUGGGUUUAUCUUCAAUGUUGUUUGGCAAAAAUGCAUAUUGUGUAUUUUAAGAGUUUUGUGAACAUAAUAUGGAAAUAAAGUUGAAUUUAAACGGUUA